CAAAAGUCACCUUGCCCCGAGGACUAUAAAAAGUUUGCCCACUCCCGGUUCGUCCUCUUUGGCAGUUGCCUCCUCGUCAGGAUCUACUGAUCACCGAAAGACUCUCUCCACCAAACAACCUACCACCAUGGCCUAUCGUUUUCAAGCACUUACUGCAGAGCAGAAGAAAGAGCUCUCAGACAUUGCCAAACGCAUUGUUGCCGAUGGCAAGGGGAUCCUGGCUGCAGAUGAGUCUGUAGGUACCAUGGGCAAUCGCCUGCAGAGAAUCAAGGUAGAGAACACAGAAGAAAACCGCCGUCAGUUCCGAGAAAUUCUCUUCUCCGUUGACAAAUCCAUCAACCAGAGCAUUGGGGGUGUGAUCCUUUUCCAUGAAACUCUCUAUCAGAAAGACAGCCAAGGAAAGUGGUUCAGAGAUAUCCUCAAGGAAAAGGGGAUUGUGGUGGGAAUCAAGCUAGACCAAGGUGCUGCUCCCCUGGCAGGAACAAAUCAAGAAACCACCAUUCAAGGCUUGGAUGGACUCUCUCAGCGCUGUGCCCAAUACAAGAAGGAUGGUGUUGACUUUGGGAAGUGGCGGGCUGUGCUGAAGAUCGCUGACCAGUGUCCUUCCAACUUGGCCAUUCAAGAAAAUGCCAAUGCGCUGGCCCGCUAUGCCAGUAUCUGCCAGCAGAAUGGGCUGGUGCCCAUUGUGGAGCCUGAAGUCAUCCCCGAUGGAGAUCACGAUAUUGAACAUUGCCAGUAUGUCUCUGAAAAGGUACUGGCCGCUGUCUACAAGGCCCUGAAUGACCACCAUGUCUACUUGGAGGGGACUCUCCUGAAGCCCAACAUGGUGACAGCUGGACAUGCCUGCACCAAGAAGUACACCCCUGAACAGGUGGCUAUGGCUACUGUCACAACCCUCCACCGAACAGUGCCUGCUGCUGUUCCAGGCAUCUGCUUUCUAUCUGGAGGCAUGAGUGAGGAAGAUGCCACUCUUAAUUUAAAUGCCAUCAACCUUUGCCCACUGCCCAAGCCCUGGAAGCUGAGUUUCUCCUAUGGGCGGGCCCUGCAGGCCAGUGCACUUGAUGCCUGGGGGGGCAAAGCUGCAAACAAGAAGGCCACGCAGGAGGCAUUUGUGAAGCGAGCUCAGGCAAACAGCCAGGCAGCCAAAGGGCAGUACGUUCAUUCAGGCACUUCUAGUUCUGCCUCCAGCCAGUCCCUUUUCACUCCCUGCUACACUUACUAGUGUCCUAGGAAUCUCUCCCCCACCAAUGGCUCAGAUCCUUUUGCUUGUCUUUAGACUACUGAGAAGUAAAUAUAUUUCAACUCAUCCUGGAAAUUGUGUGACAAUUCUUAUUGGACUUACCGGCAACAAGAAUCCAGAUCCGGCACUUUAAAUCCUUAAAUUUAGAGAGUGAACAUUUGUGUUCUCUACACUCACACUCACACACACCCCUACCCACUCUUCCCUAAUCCUCCUCCCACUCCAUAUUAAAAAUCUGAAAUCAAUUUUCAGGAAGCUGUUCCUUGCUGGUGGAGAAGCUGGAUAAGUGACAAUCCUAUCAUAGUGAUGUCCCCCCUGUACCUUAAGAGUAAUUAGAUGGUUUUUUUUUUUUUUUUUUGGCCAUGAAUAGCAGUCAUCCAAUAAAAACUUCUCAGAAGUCAUAGACUAAUGAGUACUUCUUACCAAAUAAUCCUGGCUGUCUGCAAACCAAUAUUUGCAUUAGGAAAUAAAACAUUUUAUAAACAAUUAGCACCUCUA